AUGAACUUGUGCAUCGUCCUUUUCUUGUCUGCUACAUAUUCUGAAAGAUUCUUUAUAUGCUUCCUGUACAUAUCAACAGAUAUACUUCAAAAGACAAACGAUGAGCAAUACUGUAGAAUUCAAAAAACUAAGCAUGCUCUUCAGGUGGCAGAGGAGGAGCUUCUAAGAGUACAAUUGGAAGCAACAACUAAGUCAAAGGAAUUAUCACAGGCUCAUGGAGCAUGGUUUCCUCCUUGGCUUGCUACUCACGCCAAUUACUAUAAGGAACUUGCAACAACUCACCGGAAGGAGCAUGGACAACCUGUACUAGAUGUCUUACUUCAAAAGGUAUCAGAGAAAUCAAUUCAAGCACAACAAUUUAUGGAACCACAUUUUGAAUCUUCCAAAGCCUGUUGCUUGAUUGGCAAUCCAUAA